UUCCGAUAUUUAAAAUAUCGAACCAAAAUAUUGUAUCGAUAUAGUAUCGCAACACCUGAUAUCGGUAUAAAUUAACCGAGAUGUUGAACAACGAUAUUGAUAUAUUGGAUCGUAUCGGUAUCGCGCAUCUCCAUUGAAUAAAAAAAAAACAUCUUGAUCGACAAGCAGGCUUCAUAUAUUUUAUACAAAACUACCGUUUUCAAAAUGAAAUUCGUCAUUGAGAGUGUAAGUAAAUCCUCCGGACGCCUUGGCCAAUUGGUGCAAAUGGAAACUGACAGGCGAUUCCGGACGCCUUUGUUAGUGCAAAGCACAAAAGGGGGUAGCAUUCCCUAUCUCAGCCGUGAAGUAUUUGAAUAUAUUAGCAACACGAUACCAGCGUUGCAGUUUUCAUUAUCUACUAUUGACCACAUGACAGAUUCGAUAAAAUUAUUCAACGAUUCUCUUAGUGCCUAUGUCGGUUACCCAGAAUGCCUCUCUCUGUUGAUGGUACGGGACCCCUGCGAGGUCACACCGAGUGGGUAUAACGACAAAAAUACAGUACCUCUUUUUACCAGACGAGGAAAGGAAACAUUAGACGCGAAAAGAUAUAUGGAUGUUGUAGAAAGCCUAACACCUGAUAUCUACCAAGGUUUAUGCGAUGCCGACACAAAUGUGAGUAGCUCCAAAAAGCGUUUGACCAAGAGUGUCCAUCGCACAACCAAAUUAAUGGAUAUCUGCUAUGAUCGACAUCAAAAUUCUAAUAAUUCAAGCAAGUGUACACUAUUUGCCCUGAUCUGCAAUCCGAUUCGAAGGAUUUGUUUCCGAGAAAUUUUUUUCCGGGAAAUUAUUUCCGAUUCCACUUUGUUCUGUUUUUUGUUCAACUUCGAAUCGGAAUUCUGUCGGAAAUUUGAUGUCCUGCAUUCCGAGUAUCCGAAAUUUUUUAUCGGAAAUUUUCCGAUCAAGUAAAAGCCACUGGAAUAGAAAAAAAAAAAC